CAAUUACGCCUUGUUCAAUAAGCAACACUGCUUCUUCAUCCAACGAAAUGUCUGAAGACAUUGAAGGUUUCGUAUCUACCCACGAGGCACUUAAAACUAUUUUCCCGCAAGCCUCCAACGAAGAAAUUACAAAAUACGAGAAGCAACUUAGUAGUGUGAAAAUUUUCGACUCAGUCCUUAUUAUUACUUCAAAUCAAGCUUGGAUUAAUCAACAUGAUUUGCUAACUUAUUAUAGAGUUAUGGAUGCUUUUGCAACAAAUAGUCUUCAAAAUAGGUACCGAGAUGAAAAUUCUUGUUAUAUCUUUUACUUCGAAACCCUUACCGAACUUUAUACUGUAUGCAACAAUAUUCUUGCUCUUUUUCCAAAUACCUUCUUCGUUUCUUCUCUUCUCCAAGCUCAAUACUCUAAUACUCAACUGCACCUUGUUGAAAUGGCAUAG